CUGAUCAAUUUUGAUAACAAAAUUGGUAGGCAACAAUCAACUGUUUGACAAUCAACAAAACGGAAACAUAUUAAUUAAUCAAAACUGGAUCCAUUAGUUUUAUUCUGGUUAAGCCAAACCCGGGCUGAUAGGGUAGUGGAAGAGUUUCUUGAUGGUUCCUUUUCCUCUCCCAAUUCAUCACCCAAUUCAACUGACCUUGGAAAUGGGAGUAAAAAAGUCCAUCCAACUUUUCCAGAUGAUUUUAUGACCGAAGAUUUAUUAAGUAAAUUAGGUCCAUGUAAUAUACCAAGGAUAAAAAGAGAAGCCGAAUCUUCAUCAUCAAAUCGUCAUUCACCUUUAAUUCAUAACAAUAACAAUAAUAAUACAAACAGUAACAACAACAACAACAACAAUCAUCACGUUAUCAGUAACAGUACUCAUAAUAAUAACACUACAAUGAUUUUAAACAGUAAUAAUAUGUCACCGUGCUCAUUGCAACCAAUUGUUCGUAAACGUUCAGCUCUCCAAGUAACACCAGGUUCAAGCACGUUAAAUUGUGGUUCUAUCGUUGAAAGUUCACCGGAAGUUAGUUCCAGUCAAACUGGAACUGGCAUUUCCCCUGUGCCCAGUCUCAAUUCAUCUGAGAUUGGUGAAGUUGAUCUUGACUUUUGGGAUCUCGAUAUAAAUGAGAGCUCCUCGAUCUCCCACUCUUCAGGUAAAGAAGACAUGAGUCCGCCAAAUAGUGUCAACGGCUAUAAUAGUGCAGAUAGUUUUGGCGAUCCGAAGAAAAAGAAAGGUCCAGCUCCUCGACAACAAGAAGAGCUGUGCCUUGUCUGCGGUGAUAGAGCCUCUGGUUACCAUUAUAAUGCUCUUACCUGUGAAGGAUGUAAAGGUUUUUUCCGUCGAAGUAUAACAAAAAACGCGGUUUAUCAGUGCAAAUAUGGAAACAAUUGUGACAUCGACAUGUACAUGAGGCGUAAAUGUCAAGAAUGUCGCUUAAAGAAAUGUCUUAAUGUCGGUAUGAGACCAGAAUGUGUUGUCCCGGAGUACCAAUGUGCCAUCAAACGGGAAUCCAAAAGAGCCCAAAAAGAAAAAGAUAAGCCCAAUAGUACUACGAAAGACGCAUCACCCGAUAAAGAAGAUAAAACUCUGGUUCUAAGUGGAACCAAAACACCGACCACAUCGCCGACCCUGGCACCAAAUGAGAUUAAAAAAUUAACCCCUCAACAAGAGGAAAUAAUCAAACAACUAGUCUAUUAUCAAGACAUACACGAGUCUCCCUCCGAGGCUGAUGUUAAAAGUGUAACGCCUUUCCCUCUGGGUGAAACUGAAGAUGACAAUAUUAAAAGGUUUCAACACAUGGCUGAGAUGACCAUCUUAACUGUCCAAUUGAUUGUCGAGUUUUCUAAAAGGGUUCCUGGUUUCGAUACAUUAUUAAGGGAAGAUCAAAUUACCUUAUUGAAAUCUUGCUCAAGUGAAGUUAUGAUGUUGAGAUCUUCGAGAAAAUAUGAUAUUAAGACAGAUUCGAUUGUGUAUGCCAACAAUCAACCAUACACAAGAGAAAACUACUUCAGUGCAAGUGUCGGUGUCGCAACCAAUCAAAUUUUCGGCUUUUGUCGUCACAUGUGUCUACUCAAAGUGGAUAACGCUGAAUACGCACUUCUCAACGCUAUUGUGAUCUUCAGUGAGAGGCCACAAUUAAUUGAACCCAAAAAAGUGGAAAAAAUUCAAGAUUUUUAUAUUGAUACACUUAAGUGUUAUAUUGAAAACCGCAGGCCUCCAUCGAAGUGCUAUUUCGCCAAACUGUUGGCAACUUUAGUCGAGCUCAGAACUCUUGGAAGCAUGAAUUCGGAAAUAUGCUUCUCACUUAAAGUCCAGAAUAGGAAGUUACCUCCCUUCCUCGCCGAGAUCUGGGACAUUCAAGAAUAGGCACCAAAUCCUCCCUUACAACCUUCCCCUUCGCAUUAUAAACUUUCACUUCCCAUCAAACAAAAAAUUCCCCACAUCAUCAUCUCUAUUAUAAUAUAAUAAUAAUUGAAUUUAUUUUACUUGCUAUUGAUGAUGAUGUAAAUCUUCAUCUCUCUCUCUCUCUCUCUCUCACCUCAAAAACAAUCAUCUUCAAAUUACUUUCUCAUUUCACCCCUUUAACUACACACACUCUCUCUCUCUCUCUCUUUCUCUCUCUGCCCCUUGUCCACUCUUGAAUAUCACCAUCAAAAUCAAAUCAAACUAAAAACCUACAGCUUGCUGAUAUUCACGUUGGUUUGUUUUUUUCAGUCAUCUUUUCAUUGUAAAAACAAAUUGUUACUAAUUGAGGUGGAUUUUCACUCAUCAAUUGAGUCCUUAAUGGUCAUAAUAAAUUAACUUGAUCGAUAAAACAAAAAAA